AUGCAACACAAGGAACAAAUAUGGUGGGUUUGUGAAUGUGAUGAUAAUUUAGUUUUUCGUAUUGAAAGAGGAUUCAAAAAUCAUUUAUCAUCUCAAUCAACAUUAGAAGAUUGGUUACAAUGGCUAGAUUCAUUAUUAAAUGAUCUUCUCAAACCAUAUUCAAAUUUAUCAGCAGAGAAAUAUUCUUUUAAAUUGUUCUUCUUAUUGUUCAACAGUUAUUCGAGAUUUAACAUUACGUAG